AUGCUCUCCGCCGAAAAGGAUCAAUCGGCCUUAGGCCGAGGUACUACUCAGGCGUCAGCCAGUAGUAAUAGUUACCGGACCGUUCUUCCCCGUCUACCUACGGGUAAGCUUGUUGCGAAUUCCGUCUUUCCUCAUGCCGAUCUUGCUGGACGUCCAUACCGUGCCCAGGAUUUCAGAGAUACUCUACGGAACGCCAUUGACCUUAAAGAGAUCAGCUCUAUCGGACAGUUUCAGAUGUCGCAUGUUUGGAUGGUGACAUGCAAAACCAGUGUGGCAAAAACAACACUUGUGAACCAUGGGGAGCUCCUAGUUAAAAACCGACGCUGCAUGGUGAUAGACCCCGAGCCAAAAGCCGUGAAAAUGAAGCUCCUAUGGCUUCCUGAGCAUUUAGAAGAUGGCUAUAUAAGGGAAGCGCUUCAGUUAUAUGGAAAAGUUACGUCAAUCAAGCUUGAAAAUUGGAGAGUCGCAGACAUGGAAGACAUGCGGACUUUGAACCGAGACGUCAUGCUGUCAUUGAAUGAUGGUGUCUCUGUCAGCGAGGUGCCACAUCUUUUGACAGUAUGUGGCAUACAAUGUCUUGUUUUAAUCCCCGGAAGGCCACCACUGUGUCUUCGCUGUAAUAAAGUGGGACACAUACGCCGUCAAUGUCGUACGCCUCGUUGUGAUAGUUGUCGCCGAUUUGGGCACUCAGCUGAUGAAUGCGCUUUGACGUAUGCUGAUAAGCUCCGGCAUGGCACGCGUCCCCCUGAUGAGGUUGUCCAAGAACAUCUCAUGGACGCGACGGAAGUCCUCGACGCAACAGGAGGUUUGUCAACAGAAGGAGCAACCGGAUCAACGACAUCCCAUGUGGCUGAAGGCACAUCAGCGUUGCCUAAGCAGGAAGUAAGCGGAGUUACAUCAACCGCGCUUCAAAAUCAUGCACCAGCGCAACAGGACGUGUCUGAAGCUGUGCAGACAGUGUCCUCCCACCGUCCUCAGCAAGAUGUAGUGGAUGCCUCAAUCGUGUCGUCGCAGGCACCACAAGAAAGUUGUGAUGUGCGUUCCUCUGCCGUGUCAUCGCUUGCUCCGCAAGAAAGUGGUGAUGUGAGUGCCUCUGCCGUGCCUGUGCUUGAUCUGCAGGGCGCUGGGCCACAGCCUAGCGAGCAUCCUACUGCAGGUGUGCCUGGUUCUGGUGCAGUGGCAAAGCGUCGUGCGAUGUGCGAGACAAAGUCAGGGGAUACGACGGAAGGCAGCGAUUCUUCCUUGAAAGGACCUCGUCGUAAAGCAUCUAAGAAGUUGGGAGGAUCUCGACGAUCAAGGUCCAGAAGCCCAGGUGUCACCUCUCGAGAGGCGUCACCGAACUCGAUGCAACAUACCUAAAACAAUUGUCAGUAACCAUGGCGCUGUCACAGCAGCUUAGCUUUGCAACUUUGAAUGUACGAGGGCUGAGAUCUAGACAGAAACAGGUACAGCUGCGCCGAUUACUAUCUCAUGGCCGCUUUGACUUUGUCGCCAUUCAGGAGACAAAGUUGGAGAGCGAUGAGAUGACCGGCAAUGCCCUGCAGCCUUUCCUCACAGAUUACUUUGUUUGCGUAUCACACUCUGUUGGCCUUUCCGCGGGUUGUUUUU